UAUAACAUUGAGUUGAAGUCUUCAAUGGACGUAAAAUGUGAUUUUUCAAUCAUACUAGUAAAAAGUUAACGAUUUCAAAAAGUAUUAUUAAAAUGACAAGCAAUGGUUUUGGACUAUCAUGGAUUAUUUUGUCACCCAUCGCAGUUUUAACAGAUGUUGCAGCAAUCGCUAUCGUCUGCCAUUACAAGCCAUUUUACCAUGGAUCAGAUGUCAUGGUCAUAUCGUUAAUAGUUGCCAUGACGAUGAAUGCACUUCUCAUUGUUCCAAUUCCAGCAUGCACAGAACUUGGAUAUUUCGAUUGGAACGCAUAUUUGUGCAAGUUUUACGUCUGGGCGUUUGUGACGUUUAGAGUAGUUCAAAUGUUGAGUUUAAGUGCAAUUUGUUUUCAUUGGUCGACAAUAUUCAAAGCGUCAUGCAAUAAUCAAAAUAAAGGUUUGACCUACAGAAUUAAAAUAAUAUCGGUUAUCAUAUGGAUACUAUCAACGAUCAUUGGCCUCCUGCCAAUUAUUGGUGCUGUUCCGGACGAAUUUUUCGGAGCCGGUUCCUGUCGGUUUUUAUCGAGCGAUAUUGGAAUCGGUUUCACCGUGUUCAUCUUUAUAUUUGUAGUGACGUGUAUGUGUAUUGCUAUUAUUAGUAUCUGUGAUGUGACGUUCUUAACGAAAUGCAUGAAAAGUACAGCGCAUAUCAAAUAUGGUGCUGGACGUUUUUACCUUCCAAAUAAAAGAUCGGAUAUACCAGGAACUUACAGUACUCAAGAAAAGUUUAAUCAGCUGAAUUUUACCUGGGAUUUAUGUAGAUUUUUCUGCAUCGUUAUAUCAUUUUGCUUUAUAGGAAAUCAUCUACCAUUUGUUAUAUUAGAAUUCAUGCAAUCAACGACAGGAUUCAAUAGAAGUCUGGUACAGGAAAUAAUCCUUUGGUUAAUACUGAUGGAAGCUCUUUUGUUCCCUCACUUGCUUUGGUCUUGUAGCAGACGAUACCGUCAUGCUCUGGUGUUCACGUGGAGGGUUCAUAUUCUACGACGACCAAGUGAGGAAGAAGAAGAUCCAAUGUCGUGUAGGUUGCAGUCUUACUCCAGAAAAGUGCGCGACAUUAACGGAUAUACAAACAACGCUCACGAUGUCCCGGAUGUGUCACGAACGGUCACAGCAGUAGACGAUAUUAACAACACGGACAUUGUUACCGGAAAUACGUCAUCACCCACUCCAGAAAUUGUUCUGCAUCCGAUCAAUAAUGGAAGAAUUGAAUACAGCAGAACAGAAUCUGUCUCAUCACAAAACACACCUGAAGCAAAUUCGGAAACAAAAGAGAAGGAAACUAAUUUCUCAACUUUUCAUGCGGUUGUGACGCCUGUUCACAUUCGAUCCGGAAGUGGUGGUUUGAAUAUAAAAAUGGGUGCCGCCGAUUUACAAAGGAGUUCAUCCGGGAGUUCUCGUCAGGAAUGGAAAGAACAAAUGAGAAAGAAACAUCUGCCGCCAUUUUUCACCAAUGACAGUUUUACAGCCGAGAGCAAUUCUCUCCCUUUACCUCAGGAAACAAAACUUCAGAGUGAAGGGAUGACCGGAAGUGUUCACUCUCUAUACUAUCUGUCAGGUGAUUAUCACCCGGACUACCUCAAUACAGAUAGCCUACCCAGACAUCGUAUUGUUGGUGACGAGGACGGAAGUAACAAUAACAUUAGUGCGCAUGAGCAUCACAGGAUGAAUUCAGAUUUUCCGCCAUCAAAGCAACCAGACAUUAGACUUCAAAAUCAAGCUGUAGCAUCUGUUAACGUUAACGCGAAAGACUCUUUCGGAACAUUAAAUUCAAAAGACACUGAUUCUAAUAAUCUAACACAAAAAGAUUUGCAGACACCAGUUUGUGCAGAAGAAAUUGACAUAUAUAUUUACAAAAUCGCAGAUGAAAAACUUAAAACAAAUACCAAUGCUCAGAACAAAAAACUACUCUUGGAAAAUGAUGGAAAUGAUCAACAGAACUUCACAGAUACAAUAUUGAAUGAACUUGUUCCAGGGAUCAAUGAUGUGCGCGAGCCUGCAGAAGGCUGCGACGGAGAAGAUGUUCAGGUCAACAGUAGGAAAACGGUAUUCAAUGGUGAAUUGUCAGUUAAUCAAGAACACACCGGUCAAAAAUUCCCUGACAAUAAUUGGAGCGAUAUUGUAGAACCAAUUUUAAAGAAAAAUGAAACUGAUGAACUUGAUGUUUCUCUUACAAGUUGCGAUCCAACAUGGCGGCAUUUACGGAACUAUAAAUUUGAAAACUCACGUCCGGUGUCUCAUUCACCUUUCGAUCGUGAAACUGACAAAGGAUUUGAAGAAGCAUUAUCCGUUGAGUAUAAACGAAGUAUAUCAAGUUUGACUAGCGAUAGUUUCGGAGAUUCUAUCAAUGUAUCUAAUCCAUUUGAUUUUGUAGACGACUUUAAAAACGAGUCUUUUAAAACUCAGGCUAUUGUAUCGAAAUCGAGGCCGGCGUCAUGCAGCACAGUUGAAAGCGAUAAUCCAUUUGAUUAUGUUCCGAUAGAAACUAGACGUGAUGUAAUAAGAAGAUCUUUCUCAGAAAACAUUAGCGGACAACGACCAUUAUUUUCAACAUUCAAAUCUUCACAUACAAAUUCAAACACAACGCACGAGGAUUUUGGUGACUCAUUCUUUGAAUCCAAUAUUCGGGAUAUAAAAACAUCAACUCCAAACACAAAUGCGUCGUCUCCUUGGCCGGCAAUUCCAGAGCAAACCUAUGACGAAGACUUAGUUUUUGAAUCAAAUUUUGACACAAUCAAAUCGAAUAAGAUCAAUAAACAAUCUUUCGAUGACAAAUCGAAGCACUUGAACGAACUCGACUACUCGUUAAAAAGUGAAAACUCAGAAAAUACAGAAUUAUCAGGAAGUUUAACAAUGGAUGUUGAACCUGUCUUCUUGUGACAAAAAAAUAUUCAAUAUUUUUAAUAUGAAAUAAAAUGGUUCGCUGUUG